AUGUCCACCAACGGAGCCAGCAACGGCUUUCAAAAGCAGGAACUGGAUCCCAACCAAGGCGGCGACCCGAACAAGAAGACGUAUAAUAAACAGGCUACCGGCGAAGCUUUGAAGACCGCUCAAUCACGUUCUGCCGAACACGAUCUGAAGCUUUACGGAAGCUGCUUUUGCCCCUUUGUUCACCGAGUCUGGAUAUCGCUGGAACUGAAAGGUCUGGACUACCAGUAUGUCGAAGUUGAUGUGUAUCGAAAACCCAAGCUAUUGCUGGACAUCAACCCCCGUGGUCUUGUCCCUGCCUUGCGACAUGGAGACUGGGGAUGCUACGAAAGCACGGUACUGAUGGAAUACCUCGAAGACCUUCAGCAAGGUCGAGCACUUCUACCGCGCGAUCCCAAGUUGCGCGCCUCUUCACGACUAUGGAGUGAUCACAUCAAUCGUCACAUUAUCCCUGCCUUCUACCGAUACUUACAAGCUCAAGAAGCAGACGACCAGGUCAAGUUCGCUGGCGAGCUUAAAGGCCACAUUUCGAAAGCUGUCGAUGCAGCCGAUUCGGAGGGUCCAUUCUUCUUAGGCAAGGACAUGACCUUCGUGGAUGUGCAACUUGCACCGUGGAUUGUACGGUUGGAGAAGGUUCUCAAGCCAUAUCGAGGUUGGCCAGACCCAGAGCCAGGCAGUCGAUGGGAGAAAUGGGUACGCGCAGUUGAGGGAAGCGAAGCGGUGAAGAAAACGACGAGCGAUGACCAGCUCUAUCUGGAUUCCUAUGAACGUUAUGCCGAGAACCGCCCUAAUACCUCCCAAGUACGAGAAGCCAUCAACUCUGGUGGAGGUCUUCCUUGA